AUGGAAAUUUUUUGGAAGACGCUGACUUGGAUAUUUAGCCUGGUCUUGGCCGCUGCUGAACCUCAGAGCCUUUCAUUCAACUCUCAAGCGGAAUUCCUGUCCACGCUGGAGCACUACCAGCUAAUGGUACCGGUGCGGGUAAACCAGAGGGGCCAGUUUAUGAGUUACACUGUGAAACAUUACAUGCCCGGUCGGAGGCGACGGGCAUUGGACCAGGCUGAGCCAGACCACACCGAGACCAGGCUUUUUUACAAACUCUCAGCCUAUGGCAAGCACUUUCACCUGAACCUUACACUCAACCCCGACUUGGUUUCCAAACAUUUCACUGUAGAGUACUGGGGCAAGGACGGAGUGGAACGGCAGAAUUCAGCGGUUGAUAACUGCCACUAUGUUGGAUACCUACUGGAUCAAUAUAGCACUACACAAGUGGCACUGAGCAACUGCAGAGGUUUGCAUGGUGUCAUAACCACAGAGGAAGAGCAGUAUUUAAUAGAGCCAUUAAAAAACAUAUCCGGAAAUCUCAGCGAUGUCAACCACGAGGAAGGACAACCGCACGUUAUUUAUAAAAAGUCUUCCAUCCGUUCUCCGCAAGAGCGCGGCGAGGCGUUCGGCUGCGGCGUAUCAGAACUCACAAAAAACAGGACGCCCUGCUACCAAACAGGUCCCGGUGCAAAUCUUCAUCGCACGGACUCAGACGGCGACCCGACGGGAUCCCAUCGCCAGCGCCGUUCUGUAAGCUCCGAACGUUUCGUGGAGACCCUAGUAGUGGCUGACAAAAUGAUGGUCGGCUACCACGGACGCAAAGACAUCGAGCACUACAUCCUGUCUGUGAUGAAUAUUGUUGCCAAACUUUACCGUGAUGCCAGCCUAGGAAACGUUGUGAACAUUAUUGUAACCCGACUGAUAGUCCUGACCGAAGAUCAGCCCAACUUGGAGAUAAACCAUCAUGCAGACAAAUCCCUCGACAGCUUCUGUAAAUGGCAGAAAUCCAUUCUUUCUCAUCAGGGAGAUGGAAACAGUAUCCCGGAGAAUGGGAUUGCCCAUCACGACAACGCCGUUCUCAUCACAAGAUAUGACAUCUGCACCUACAAGAACAAACCCUGCGGUACACUUGGUUUGGCGUCCGUAGCGGGGAUGUGUGAGCCGGAGAGAAGCUGCAGUAUAAAUGAAGAUAUAGGCCUCGGUUCUGCCUUCACUAUUGCUCAUGAGAUCGGACACAAUUUUGGGAUGAACCACGACGGGAUUGGAAACUCCUGCGGAACUAAAGGUCACGAAACAGCCAAGCUGAUGGCGGCCCACAUCACAGCCAACACCAACCCCUUCUCCUGGUCGGCCUGCAGCAAAGACUACAUCACCAGCUUUCUGGACUCAGGUCGGGGAACGUGUCUGGACAAUGAACCUCUGAAACGAGACUUCCUGUACCCUACGGUGGCUCCAGGGCAGGUGUACGAUGCAGAUGAACAGUGUCGUUUUCAGUACGGUGCCUCGUCCCGUCAGUGCAAGUAUGGGGAAGUGUGUAGAGAGCUCUGGUGCCUUAGCAAAAGUAAUCGCUGUGUCACCAACAGUAUCCCAGCAGCAGAAGGAACCUUGUGUCAGACCAACAGCAUUGAAAAAGGGUGGUGCUAUCAGGGCGAGUGUGUGGCGUUUGGGACGUGGCCGCAGAGUGUAGAUGGAAGCUGGGGUCCGUGGACCACCUGGGGCGAGUGCAGCCGUACCUGCGGCGGUGGCGUCUCAUCUUCCAUGCGACAUUGUGACAGCCCACCGCCCACGGGUGGAGGGAAGUACUGUCUCGGAGAGAGGAAGCGCUACAGAUCCUGUAACACCGACCCUUGUCCAGCCGGAUCACGUGACUUUAGAGAGAAGCAGUGUGCUGAUUUCGACAACAUGCCUUUCCGCGGGAAGUACUACAACUGGAAGCCAUACACUGGAGGUGGAGUGAAGCCGUGCGCGCUAAACUGUCUGGCCGAAGGCUACAACUUCUACACCGAACGUUCUCCCGCUGUCAUCGACGGCACGCGAUGCCAGGCCGACUCUCUGGACAUAUGCAUCAAUGGAGAGUGCAAGCAUGUUGGCUGUGAUAACAUACUCGGCUCAGAUGCCAAGGAGGACAGAUGCCGUGUGUGCGGUGGGGACGGGAGCACGUGUGAGGUCUCCGAGGGCCUGUUCAAUGAUUCGCUGCCCAGAGGAGGUUACAUGGAGGUCGUCCAAAUACCGAAAGGAUCCGUUCACAUUGAAAUCAUGGAGGUGGCCGUGUCGAAGAACUACAUUGCUUUAAAAUCAGAAGCGGAUGACUAUUACAUCAACGGGGCCUGGACCAUCGACUGGCCCCGCAAAUUUGACAUCGCAGGAACUGCCUUUCAUUACAAGAGGCCGACCGAUGAGCCCGAGUCACUCGAAGCCUUAGGAGCCACCACAGAAAAUUUGUUUGUUAUGGUGCUACUACAGGAACACAACCUGGGUAUCCGCUACAAGUUCAACGUGCCGAUCCAGCGGACGGGAAGCGGUGACAAUGAGGUGGGCUUCUCCUGGCAUCACUUGCCCUGGUCCGAGUGCUCAGCUACUUGUGCGGGAGGGACUCAAAAGCAGGAGGUGGUUUGUAAAAGGCUGGACGACAGCUCGGUGGUCCAAAACAGCUAUUGUGAUACGGACAGCAAGCCUCCAGAGAAUCAAAGACCCUGUAAUAUUGAGCCAUGCCCUCCUGAGUGGUUUAUAGGUGACUGGUCCGAAUGUGCGAAAACCUGCGAUGGAGGCGUCCGUACACGUACCGUGUUGUGUAUACGUAAAAUCGGACCCGCCGAGGAAGAGACUUUAGAAGACAGUCACUGUCUGACCCAUCGACCAAUCGAACAAGAGUCCUGCAACAAUCAGUCCUGCCCACCCCAGUGGGUGACUCUGGAUUGGUCAGAGUGUACCCCAAAAUGUGGUCCUGGCUUCAAGCAUCGCAUUGUUCUGUGUAAAAGUAGCGACCUGACCAAAACCUUCCCACCUGCCCUCUGUGCUGACCACAACAAACCUCCGGUCCGUAUACGCUGUAGCCUCGGACGCUGUCCGCCACCACGCUGGAUCCCUGGAGAAUGGGGACAGUGCUCUGCUCAGUGUGGAUUGGGCCAACAGAUGCGGACCGUUCAGUGCGUGUCCUACACAGGGCAACUUUCCAACGAGUGUCCCGAAUCUCUGCGACCCAACACAAUGCAACAGUGUGAAAGCAAGUGCGACGCCACGCCCAUCUCCAACGGUGACGAGUGCAAAGACGUGAACAAGGUGGCAUACUGCCCAUUGGUGCUGAAGUUCAAGUUCUGCAGCCGUGCGUACUUCAGGCAGAUGUGCUGCAAGACGUGCCAAGGACAUUGACCCUACGAGAAACAAAGACAGAUGCUGGAAAAGAAAGGAGAGAGAAAACGGGCAGAGAGAAAAGCAGACCAGCGUCGGGCAUGGAGACGGCCUCUCUCUCUCUCUCUCGCAGACACUCAAAAAAACACACGACUGCUUUGAUAGCCCUGUGGAACUCUAACCACUGCUCAGCGCUGCGCUGACAACCCUUGUUUUAUUUUCACUUCUGUGAAGUGGGAAUGUAUAAAAUGAUCAUUAUUGUUGUUAUUUUUAUAAUAAUAAUAAUAAUAAUUGCUAUUGGUUAUUAUUAUUAGCAAUGUUUUUCUGUUGUUGUAAUCCUAAGUGCUGGACACGUCAAUCGCAGAGGCGGCACGGCAGAUAUACAUCAAGGUGCGCACGAACAGGCCGAUCUGAGAUUUACCCGUGGGUCUCACGUACCCAUUGGGGCUAAAUAAAGUAAAUAUGUAUCAAUUCUUUACAUUUUAACAGUAUAGAUAGUGGAGAUGAGGUCAUGCAUGAUCCGUCUGAAAGUGGACAGAGAUGCCCGACUAACUCGAUAGGUAUUGAAAUCAACAACUUGGUACUUUAACGUUAUUACAAGUUUUUACACAAUUGUUGGGUGAAAGUUUUGGGUAAAGUGACUUACAAGUGCAUUGAAGGUAUAGUUCAUAUGUUCACAUGGAUUUAAACCAAUGACCUUAGCGCUGUUUAGCUAGCAACAACCUAAACUUGUUGAACUAGACAGCUCCGGUUGCCAGAUUUUUGACAAUAUCGUUCUAAAAUAAGAUGGGCCGAAGAAAACAGAGUUGAAUACUUUGGUGCUUAUCCUCAUUUAGUUCUGGAGAAAUCGCAAUUGUUUUAUACAAAUCACAUGACCACGGGCCAAAGAAUUCCACCAUUGUCUAAACUUGAACGAUUAGAUAAUUUUGGCUCAAAUUGGACGUUUCCACCAUUGUGUCUCUAGAAUUAUAAUGCACACUUGAGACAGACAUUAAUUGCGAUUCUGCCUCUAUGGAUCCAUACUCCGCUUUAAAUUCUGCGCCUUUGACGUUCCAGCGCGAUCAUCUUCCCAUAAAAUCCGUGCCAUGAAAGCGGUCCAACGCAAUGAAUGCAGUUAACAAAGACAGUUUAUCAGCACGUGGAUGACUUGCUCGAAGAUCUCCAGGUCUGAUGCGGAUGCAUUAGCUGAGUCAUUGUUGAUGUAAUAGUGAAGUGAAGGGCCAGACCCCACGGAUCCACUGUGCCGUCGACUACCUCCAUUACACCCCCUCCUCAACCUCCCAUGAGAUCUAACCCACAGUCUUGAUCAGAGACGUCCACGAACGCUUUACUCUCACUGGUGCUUUUUAUCUGGCAGUGGACGAUUGUUUUUUAUUUUGCUUACAUUCGCAUGGCCAGCUCAUCUGGCCUAUGGUGCUACAAGAUGCUUUCUGCGUAAGUCAGUUGAGCAAGUGAUGGCAAACCGAGGACGGUUCCAAAACCUAGCGAGCUGCCUAAGCAGGCAGCAUCACAAGGCAAGCAAAGGUUAAAAGUACGUCAUGUAGUUAUGCCGUCUUCUAAGAUAGCAUGGCCACAUUUUGAGACAAAAUGGAAAGUACUUUUUAAAGUUUGCGGUAAAAGAAAUCUCAGGAUUCAUUUGGAUCAGAAAGGAACAGAAUCUAAGUUAACAACCGCCCAAAAUAAAUGUCAGAAUGUAUCACGCUAAAAAUGAAAAUAAAAGUCUUUUGAAAAUUUA